AUGGAGCUCUUUGGAGCACUACCAGCCUACAGAGCUGUGCCUCCCAACUCCAGCCACAGGACAGGCAUGGUCCAUGUGGGGGCCUCAAGUAGCAUCAUUCCAGUCUACUGUGCUCUCCUGUCUGCCGUGGUUCUUGGUCUGCUCUCCUAUGUCGCCUUCAAGUGCUGGCGCUCACAUACGCACAAACAGAAGCUGGACAAAGCUCGGACUGCAGAGCUGGGAAGCCAGAUGCACGGAGACAGCAAUAUCUUCCUGGACACUCCUAGUAGUUUGGACCCCUGCACUCCCAGCCAGGGGCAACAUCCUGAGCUGGGCUGCCGACUCUAUCUUCACCUCCCUCGGCAGCAGCAGGAGGAAGUGGAACGGCUUUUGGAGAUGUCAGAGGAACCUGACAAGGGCUGGCGGGACCUGGCCGGCCUACUGGGCUACCCAGCUGAAGCCGUGGAGAGAAUGGCUCAGGGUCAGGUGCCAGCCCACACCCUUCUGAGGAACUGGGCUGUCCAGAAAGGCAGCAGUGCCACCCUUAGGGUGCUAGAGAAUGUGCUGGCUUCUAUGGGCCGGGAGGAUGUGACCCGGGUGCUGAGCCCUUCCACGGCUGAAAGGUGCCCUGUGGUAUGA